UAUUCUAUUAUUUUUACUGCAAAAUUAACUGUAGUCAUUUUCAGUUUGAUCGUCAUGUUCUUUUUUGGUGUCGUUAAAAGUUAGUAAUGUGAAUAAAAAAGGAUUGAAUAAUUUUGUUAACUGUGCGUUUUUGAUGCAUUUUAAUCUGUGCGGGAAAAUAUGGGUGACUUGGACGGGCCAUUAGAAUAUGAUAUUACUGAAUUAGCUUUACUCCUGAAAUCUAUCGGUUUUCAAAUGCAAUCUUUCGAAUUCCAAAAAUCUGAAAACAAAACUAAAGACAUCGAAAUAGAUAUAAACUGCCAUGCGUCAGGAAUCAAGACGAAAUUUAUUCUUGCGUCGAAAAAGUGCACGUGUCCUCCGAAACCUUUAGAAAAUAACAAUACUUUCUGGGAGAUCCAGGCGCGGUCACCUUCCAGUCCGGCCAAAAACAUUGUAAAGGACAGUUCGUGCGCACUUCUCCCUGAAAUAAACAAGAAAACAGCAAGUUUGGCUCGAUCUACACUAGUUAUGUUGUUGCAGCAUUAUAAAAAUGAUUUGGAUCUGAAAGCUCCGGAUACGAAAAGCGCACUAACUAACAAUUUGAACGAACUUUCGCCAACUUGCCUGUCUCCCAAAAAAAUAGGCUCUAAUAUUGGUUCAUGCCGCUUCUCGACACCAUUGACUUCAACCGACCCUGCCACGCAGUCUACGCAGGAUGCGCAAUCCCGACCAAAUGUUCCUAAAAUAAAUAUCGAGAACUGUGAGAAAAGAAGUAAUGAUGGAAAAUCUGACGAUUUUGCCUCGCCAAAAUUCAUUGAAAAUUUGGGGAUGUCCAGUGUUAUAUUUCCAAGUCCCCAAAUUAAUAAGACGGAUAACGACCGGGACGUAUAUGUGAUCGAGUCAAUAUCCAGAGCACGCAAGGAGCUUGAUGCUGCAUUGCUUCAUCUUAAGUGCAAUAUAACCAGGGAUAUAUCAGAAAGUUCGAUUUUACAAAAUGCGACUCCCCAGACUAAUAAAUCAAUCUGUGCCGCUAUAAGAAAUUCAGAUGGAAUCACAAAACGCAGAGCGUCUUUGGGGAGUAAUGAUAACAAUCAUAACGAUGUGAAGUCAAAGGCUCUUGAACAAUUUCCAUUUCAAAAACCGCAGACGAAGAAAACGCCUAAUGGAGCAGCCAUCACCAGCAGAGUUAAUUCAUUUAGCAGUAUCAAGAGUAAGCUGGCACAUCCAGAUACACCAAGGCCACAAGUGGAUCUUAAAGCAACUGUUGAAAAAGGUAUCGCUAAAUCGAAAAUGCUUAGAAGUGCUACAUCUUCAACUUUCAAACAAACCCCUUCUUCAGUGAAACCCUCAAUAACUAAACAAAAAUCCGCUCUUUCUAUGAAAAAAUAAUGAAAAGUGUUUUGUUCUGUGUUUUUAAAAAAUAAACUAAAUGUUUGAUUUGAAAA